GGCUGUAGUAAAGGCAGGGGAUUACACAGUCCAGACACUUGGAGCUGAACUUAAUCUUCAAGUCCAUAUUCAGCAACUUAGCAACAGAAAUCAGUCACUGAGAAAUAUCGCGGAGGACUUUUGCCACCCAGCCACCACAACUACAACCUCCAUCCACUUAAAAGAUAAAGAGAAGAGAAAACUGUCAAACAUGAUUUGCUUGUGGUUCCUAUCUCUUCUUGCUUAUGGACUUACAAUACUGCAGGGGGUGAAUUGUUGGACAUACCAUUAUUCAGACACAAACAUGACCUACAGGGAAGCAGAGCUGUGGUGCAAAAAGAGGUAUACUAACAUGGUUGCCAUUCAGAAUAAGGACGAAAUCAACUAUCUCAAUAACUUCUUACCCUUCAAUCCGGGUUACUACUGGAUUGGAAUCAGAAAAAUUAAUGAGGUAUGGACCUGGAUUGGAACUAACAAAGAACUAACAGAAGAGGCAGAAAACUGGGCUUCAGGUGAGCCAAAUGGCAAAGGGAACAAUGAAGACUGUGUUGAAAUCUACAUCAAAAGAGGGAAGGAUGACGGCAAAUGGAAUGAUGAACAGUGUGAAAAAAAGAAGGUCGCCUUGUGCUACACAGCUUCUUGCAACCCAUCUCUCUGCAGUGGCCGUGGAGAAUGCAUAGAGACUAUUAACAAUCACACUUGCCAUUGUAACCCUGGAUUCUAUGGGCCUGAAUGCGAGUUUGUUGAGAGUUGUAAUCCACUAAAGAAACCUGAUCAUGGGAGCCUCCAGUGUAACCAUCCAUUGGAGAACUUCAGCUACAACUCAUCCUGCACAGUUCAGUGUGAGGAAGGCUAUGAACUGACUGCAUUGGAAUCUGUGUACUGUACCUCUUCUGGGGACUGGUCUACCCCCCUUGCAGCAUGCAAAGCUGUGACCUGUCCUGCCUUAGAAAUGCCUGCUCAUGGUGCUGUGAACUGCUCCCAUCCCUCUGUGGAGCUCACCUGGGGUACCACCUGUGAGUUCACCUGUGAGGAAGGAUUUGCCCUGACAGGACCAGCCACACUGCAGUGUGGGUCUUCUGGGGCCUGGGACAGGCAGCAGCCAUCCUGUGCAGCUGUGAGAUGUGAGGCUGUAACCUGGCCAGAAGAAGGCUUUGUGACCUGUGACCAUGCUCCUGCAGAUCUCGCCUAUCGCUCGCGUUGUGAUUUCCGCUGCAGCGAGGGCUACGUUCUGGAUGGCCCAUCCAGCAUUGAGUGCACGGCACAGGGACAGUGGUCAGAGCCAGUGCCAAAAUGCAAAGUUGUACAGUGUGAACCACUGAGCUCUCCUGAGAAAAGCUCUAUGGAUUGCUCACAUGGUGCUGGGAACUUCACGUACAACACAGCCUGCCACUUCAGCUGUCUAGAAGGAUGGAGGCUCAAUGGUUCUCAUGUUCUUGAGUGCAAUCAUUCAGGAAACUGGAGUGCCAGUCUGCCCACAUGUGAAGCUUCUGAACAAGUCAGCCAUGUCUCUGUGGGCAUAGCAGCCACAAGUGCCUCUCUGUUGUCCACGGCAUCAUUCCUCCUUUGGCUUGCAAGACGUUUCCGAAGAAAAGCAAAGAAAUUUACUCCUUCCAGUAGCUGCCAAAGCCUAACCACUGAAGGUAGUUUCCAAAGUGCUGGCCAGAAUGUCUAACUCUGGGUGAUUCAGGAACUGAAGCCUUCUUUACUUACGUCUCAGAGAUUUCUGGAGAAUGAAACUGCAUGCAAAUCAGCAGCUGUCCAGAUGUUUUUACCGCUUGCUGACAAGAUGAUUGACCUUGUGUAUUGUUCAGAAAUUUUGAAUCCAAGCUGUCUGGUAUUUCCACUGAAGACAAGCACAGAGUAAAACUCUGGCCUUCUGGCAAAAUACUGUCUACAUUCAGUCAUGUAGUUAUCAAAACUGGGAGCUUGCCAUCUCUUGUCCAGAUGGUGAGCAAAUAGUAAGCUGCUGCCUAAAGAGGAGGCUGGUUUCUCCUCUGGUCUACUCAAAGGUACCUAGGUGAGGUGAAGACAUGCAUUAUUUCACAUCACUUACUACACUGCUGGAGAUGUCUUCUCUGGAGUCAUAUGGGUUAUACUUGUAGAAACAGAGUAAUUGGGAUGAAAAAAAUAUUCAUUGAAUAGCUUUGAAACCAUUGAUCUGGUUUGUUGUCGAAGUCAGUUUAUUUUAAGAGGAUGUCCUAGUCCAUAAAUAUGCCUGUAAUGAUAUGGGCCAUUAUUUGGGUUUCUGCUGCAUGUCUCAGAAAGCUUAGGGACUUUAAACACUUCCUUUUUUUUUUUUCUUUUUCUU